GGUGUAUUGGUGAAGUUUACCCAAUCAGAGGGGAGGCCCAGAAAGCACAGAAGAGUCAUCCAUCUUUAUCCGAGACCGGAGGGAGGGAGCGAGAGAAGCCGCGCCAUGGCGGUGUCCGUACAGCCCGUCUUCGCAUCGAGCCUCGCGUGGUCGGCAGUAUCAGGAAGGUCUAUAAACUCGACUCGGUCUUCCCGAACUGAGUUGCGACGCGGACUCGGCGGCGGUGGCGGUUCAGUGAGAUGCUCGUCGGCGGCGGUGGAGGCGGAGCGGCGAGUGACGGUGAAGAACGGGAGUGACUCGCUGGAGAUAUGUAGAGUUCUGAACGGAAUGUGGCAGACGAGCGGAGGAUGGGGGAGGAUUGACAGAGACGACGCCGUCGAGGCUAUGCUCCGCCACGCCGACGCCGGACUCUCCACCUUCGACAUGGCCGAUCACUAUGGUCCUGCCGAAGAUCUUUACGGCAUUUUCAUCAAUAGGGUCCGUCGAGAACGCCCACCAGAGUACUUGGAAAAUGUCAGAGGUUUGACAAAAUGGGUUCCUCCUCCUGUGAAGAUGACGAGCAGUUAUGUGCGGGAAAACAUUAACAUAUCACGAAAAAGAAUGGAUGUGGCUUCUCUUGACAUGCUUCAGUUUCACUGGUGGGACUAUGCUAAUCCCGGUUAUCUGGAUGCACUAAAACACCUCACUGAUCUAAAAGAAGAAGGUAAAAUCAAGACUGUUGCUUUGACAAAUUUUGACACGGAGAGACUGCAGAAAAUUUUAGAGAACGGAGUCCCUGUUGUUAGCAAUCAGGUGCAACAUUCAAUUGUGGAUAUGCGUCCUCGACAGAGGAUGGCUGAGCUUUGCAAGCUAACAGGAGUUAAACUUAUCACAUACGGGACAGUAAUGGGCGGUCUCCUGUCAGAGAAGUUCCUGGACACCAACUUAACUAUCCCAUUUGCUGGCCCUCGCUUGAAUACCCCCUCCCUCCAGAAGUACAAAAGGAUGGUUGACGCAUGGGGAGGGUGGAAUCUGUUCCAAUCUUUACUUCAGACGCUGAAGAGGAUAGCCUCGAAACACGGAGUCUCCAUUUCAACAGUCGCUGUUAGAUACAUAUUGGAUCAGCCGGGAGUGGCUGGAUCGAUGAUUGGGGUGAGGCUUGGGUUAGCAGAACAUAUCGAAGAGACAAACGCUAUAUUCUCAUUGGUCCUGGACGAGGAAGAUGUCGAAAGCAUACAGGAGGUUACCAAGAAAGGUAAGGAUCUUCUCCAAGUGAUUGGUGACUGUGGAGAUGAAUACCGACGCAUAUGAAAUUACUAGGUUCCAUCUAUAGACCCUCUGAAGCUGAAAUAUUCUUGUACGAACAUCAUCAAAUCUUCUUACAUAAAUUGUUUAUUGUACCAUAUCUACUCUAGAACCAUAUUUAUGUAUAGCCCACUCUCUUGGACUUAACCAUUUAUGUCACUCGUUGAUUCCAA